UCCUCACUCACCAGCACCAGCUAGCUUCCUACUGGCCAUUGCUCACUGGUCACUAGCUAGCUAGCAAUGGCGUCCAAGACCUUCUCGGCGGCGUGCCUCCUGGCGCUUCUGGUGGCCGCCAACACCUUCGUCAUCGGCGACGCUUGCAACAGCUGCCAGCACCAUACCCCGCCAACCCCGACCCCGUCCCCGUCCCCGCCACCACCGUCACCAUCCCCUCCGCCUCCGGCAGCGACGCCCCCGAGCACCACGCCGUGCCCUCCCCCGCCGUCGUCCUCCGGGAAGUGCCCCAAGGACACCCUGAAGCUUGGCGCCUGCGCCAACGUACUGGGCCUGAUCAGCGCGGGCAUCGGCAAGGCCCCCAGCGGCGGCGGCGACAAGUGCUGCAGCCUCCUCGGCGGGCUCGCCGACCUCGAGGCCGCCGUGUGCCUCUGCACGGCGCUCAAGGCCAACGUGCUCGGCAUCGUCCUCAACGUCCCCAUCAAGCUCAGCCUCAUCCUCAACUACUGCGGCAAGUCCGCCCCCACGGGCUUCCAGUGCGCCUAAGCAAUC